AUGCCAAGACUGAAUGAAGACACUAGAAACAGAGCCAUUGGACGCCUGGAAGCUGGAGAAUGUCCGUCAUCAGUAGCCAGGCACUUCAACGUGAGGCAGAGCACCAUCUCCCGCCUGUGGCAGCGCUGCAGGCUCCUCAAGUCUACAAGAGAUCGACCGAGAACUGGUAGACCAAGGAUCACAACUCAGGUCCAGGACCGCUUCACCCGGCUGUUGCAUUUGCGCAACCGGACAAUCAGUGCAGCAUACACAGCCAACAAUGUCACUGGGCUUCGUAGAGUAUCAGCGCAAACCAUCAGAAAUCGCCUACGACAGCAUGGGAUACACCAAUGCGACCAUAUACAGCGCCUGUUCUGCGGCAUCAUUAUCGUCGUGCACGUCCGCAAUGGAGCAGAAACGUUCGACCAUGGACCCUUGUGCACUGGAGGAGGAUCUGGUUUAGUGAUGAGUCGCGGUUCUUGCUGUAUCACCAUGAUGGUAGGAUGCGUGUGUACCGACGGAGAAAUUAACGCUACACUCGACACUGUAUUCGUGAAGUCGAUAGAUACGGCGGUGAAAGUGUCAUGA